AUGAUAAUAAUCAGAGACUAUUUAAUACCAACUUUGAGAUAUUACGCAAGCGAUAAAAAUUUGGGACAAAGAAGUAGAUUAUGACCCUCGUUUCCGGCUAAUUUUACAAACGAAGUUAGCUAACCCUCAUUACAAGCCCGAGAUACAAGCCCAAACUACUCUUAUCAACUUUACUGUAACAAAAGAUGGUUUGGAGGAACAACUUCUGGGUGACGUUGUGAAAGCCGAAAGACCUGAUUUAGAAUCCAAAAAAGCGGAAUUAACUACUCAACAAAAUACCUUCAAAAUUACCUUGAAGAGAUUGGAAGAUGAUCUUUUACACAGGUUAUCGACUGCUGGGCCAGACAUUUUAAGCGACGUCGAUCUCGUGAUCAAUCUCGAAACCACGAAAAAAACUGCUGCGGAAAUAGAAAUAAAAGUAGCUGAAGCUAGAGUGACUGCUGUAAAGAUAGACGAGGCUCGAGAAAUUUAUCGUCCUGUUGCGGCUCGAGCCAGCCUCUUAUAUUUUGUUUUAAACGAUUUGAACAAGAUCAAUAUGCUCUAUCAGUUUUCUUUGAAAGCUUUCAGCGUUGUCUUUCUAAACGCAAUUAGAUUUGCAGUAGCUUCGGAGGAUUUGGCUAAGCGCGUAGCUCUUUUAAUGGAUAGCAUCACUUAUCUAGUUUUCAUUUAUACAAGCAGAGGAUUAUUUGAAGGCGAUAAAUUGACCUUCCUCUGUCAAAUGACCAUUCAGAUUUUUAUGGAAGCAAAAGAAAUAUCACAAUCAGAACUUGACUUCCUAUUAAGAUUUCCGUAUAUUCCCGAGUUAACCAGCCCUGUAGACUUCUUAACAGACGUCGGUUGGGGAGGGAUUAAAUAUUUGAGCCAAAUGGAGGAUUUCCAAAAUUUAGAAAAAGACAUAGAAGGCGCUGCGAAACGGUGGAAGAAGUUUGUAGAAUCAGAUACGCCGGAACGAGAAAGUUUCCCACAAGAUUGGAAAAAUAAAACCGCUCUGCAAAGAUUAUGCAUCAUGAGGUGUCUUCGACUAGAUCGUAUGACUUACGCGAUUAGCCAAAGCUCAUACCGCGCUGAGUGCACUUUUUUUCGUCACCAAAAUAAUAUCCCAAUAAUCUAUCACUUAAAAAGAAAAAUAGGGAUUAAAAGAAAUACUCUGCGAUGA